AUGGUUUAUAUCGUGUCAAGCGCUAGAACACCUAUGGGGUCAUUCCUUGGGUCGUUGUCACCUUUGGGAUACGUAGAUUUAGGAUCUCAUGCCGUUAAAGCUGCUCUUAAGAGAAGUGGUAUUCUUGCUGAUGAUGUAGAUGAGAUUAUCUUUGGUUGUGCUUUAGGAGCAAAUAUUGGUCAAGACCCUGCUAGACAAGUUGGAUUAGCCGCUGGGUUACCUGAUACAGUGGUAAGUACUACUAUCAACAAGGUUUGUGCUUCUGGGAUGAAGGCUAUAAUCUUGGGGUACCAAAGUAUUAUCACCGGUAGUGCUGAAGUGGUGGUUGUAGGAGGUGCUGAAUCCAUGAGUAACGUUCCUUAUUAUGUCACCAGGAAUGGCUAUAAGUAUGGGAAAGCUGUGCUUACUGACGGACUACGUCUCGAUGGAUUAACUGAUGCUUAUGAUGGGUUCCUAAUGGGUGUAGCAGGUGACAAGUUAGGUGCUGAUAUGGGUUAUACUAGGGAGGAAAUAGAUGAUUAUGCAGUGAACUCGUACCAAAAAGCUUUCCAGGCUUAUGAUAAUGAUAAGUUCGGGGAGAUAGAGCCCAUUGUUCUUCGUACCAAGCAAGGAACAACAGUUAUUAGCCGAGAUGAGGAUUUGGUGAAGUACAAUGAAGAAAAAUUACGUGCUGCCAAACCAGCUUUCAGAGAAGAUGGUACGGUGACCGCUCCUAAUGCUCCAUCGUUGAAUGAUGGAGGGGCGGCUUUGAUUCUUGUCAGUGAGGAUAAGUUGAAGGAGUUGAAUUUGGUUCCUUUGGCUAAGAUAGUUUCUUAUGGAGAAGCAGCAACAACACCUAUUGAUUUCACUAUAGCUCCAUCGAUGGCUGUUCCUAUAGCUCUUGAACGAGCCCAGAUGAAAAUACUGGACGUGGAUUAUUUCGAGUUCAAUGAAGCAUUUUCCACUGUAGGGUUGGCUAAUACCCAAAAAUUAGCCAUUGACAGUGCUAAAGUUAAUGUUUAUGGAGGAGCUGUAGCCAUGGGACAUCCAUUAGGAUGUAGUGGAGCGAGGAUAGUGGUGACACUAUUGUCGGUUUUGAAACAGGAGGGUGGCAAAGUUGGAGUUGCUGCUAUUUGUAAUGGAGGUGGAGGGGCUUCGUCGGUAGUGGUUGAGAGGGUUGGAAGUUCAUAG